AUGCCAGAUCCAAGCAUGUAUUCUGCAGCUCAACCGCUUCGAGAACACGUCAACAUCGCUAUCGCUCAAGAAGCUCAUUCGCAGCAAAUUCCCACGAGAGACUCAGCUGGAAGUGAACAGGAUGGAACACCGGUCAGGCGCCAUUAUCGCGACAGAGACUACCACUAUCAGUCUCAUCGCAACCAUUCUCCCUAUCGUCGAUCUGAACGUGAUUCAGAACGAAUACGACGCCAUCCGCAACGCCGCCACUCAUCAUCUCCAUCUUCACCACCUUACGGGGUCAGAUUUCGUGCUAAUCUGCACGACAGUCUUUCGCCCGUACGCCGCAGAAACUAUUCUAGCCCAGAAUCCAGUAGCCAUGUCGCCGACACGGACGACGAGAUGCAUAACGCUCUUGAUUGCCGUCCGGUCGACGACCCCACCACCCUUACCACUUCGUCCAACCACCAACGCCCUCUUCUUAUGACUGUUAAGGCUCACAUUCGUAAUCCUAAGACGAAGACCCUUGAAACGGUCAACGUCAUGCUGAAUUCAGGAGCCCAAAACAGCUUCAUAAGUAACGCAGCCACUAAGCGCUUAUCCUUUAAACCCUACGACCACAAGCCGCUGACCGUCAUCGUUCAACCCAAGAAUCCGGAAGUUCUAACUUCCCAGUUCAAACCAUAUCGUCUCAGUAAAGAAGACAAAUACGCACUCCGCACAUUCUGCAUUAACCCAGACAACCUUACCAUCAGUCGCCACGUUACGCCAGAUAUCCUGCUGGGUAUCGACUACUUCUUGGAGGUCCUGAAAAAGGACUCACCGAAGCAGCUACCCUCAGGAUUGAUGCUCAACCAUCUAACCACAUCACCAUCUACACCACCUCGCUCUGAAGACGACAUCACCCACCUAUGGGACCUCGAUCGUUUAGGCAUAACCGAGGAUCCCGAUCCCUCUGUCGACAAGGAAGAGGACGCACGGAUCCUGAAGCGUUUUCGGGAUACCGCCCAGGUGAUUGACGGCUACUUGCACGUUCAAUUUCCCUGGAAGUCAUCCCACGCUCGCCUUGCCGACAACAAAAUGUUAGCCCUUAAGCGUCAUCAGAGCCAGUACCGUUCCUUCCAAACCAAACCAUCCCUUUGGAAAGCAUAUGCCGCAACCUCUACGGACUAUCUGGAGCAGGGCAUAAUAGAGGAGUUCGACGAGCACCAGUUCGACGACCACAGAGUCUAUCAUAUCCCGCAUCAGGCAGUCAUAAAGGAAACAUCGGCCACCACUAAAUUGAGAGUCGUGUUCGAUGCGUCCUCCCACUACAGAGGCGCACCGAGCUUAAACGACUGUCUCCACUCUGGCCCCGCAAUCCUACCAGACAUGUUUACCCGCGUACCAUUUGGUAUAACCGCGUCACCAUUCCUUUUAGCCGCAUCCAUUCUGUAUUACCUCCAUCUUGAACCAUCGGAGCCGCUCCACAAGGAGAUCGAGCACAACAUCUACGUCGACAACAUCUUUCUUAGUGCCUCGUCCGAGCGACAAGCCAUUAAGAAGUACCGCUCUUCCAAAUCCCUAUUCAACUCCAUGCACAUGAACCUUCGAGAGUUCUUGUGCAACUCCAACACCGUAAACCUGUCCAUAGAGCCAUCUGAUCGAGUCAGGAAUCCAUCAUCCGUGAAGCUCCUUGGUAUUCCCUGGAAUUCACGCACCGAUACCCUUCUCAUACCACUUAAAACCGCGAAUGUGUACUCGAAGCGCACAGCGCUCAGUGCAUGUUCAUGCACCUUUGAUCCACUUGGUCUUCUCACACCAUUUUUAGUGCCCUUCAAGGUAUUCAUCCAGGACAUCUGGAAGAAGGAGUACCAGUGGGACACUCCAUUUGACCAAGAAGACCAUCAGCGAUGGGACGAACUGGUUCAGCAGCUCAAACAUCCGUUGCCACCAAUUCCACGUUUCAUUGCUUCCGCAAACCGCAACACUACUUAUGAGCUCGCAGUCUUUGGAGACGCCUCACAACGUCUCUUUGUCUGCUGUGCUUACCUUAUUAGCCGCUCACUAUCAACCACUUCUUCACAGCUAAUCAUGGCUAAGUCAUUGUUAGCAACGGUUAAACUCCAGAUGACUAUGCUACGAUUAGAGUUGCUCGCAUCCCUAAUAAGUGUGCGUCUAGCACGCUUCCUCCAUCACAAACUCCAUCUUAAAAUCCGCGCCAUCCACUUCUUUUCUGACUCGAAGAUAGCGCUCCAUUGGAUCCACUCGUCUCGUCUACUUAAACGAUUCGUUCAGAAUCGAGUGAACGAGAUCCGCACCAUCUUAACCACUUUCCACAAGACAGACGUUCAGACGAAGUUCUACUAUGUGCAGUCAGACUCUAAUCCAGCUGACUGUGCAACUCGUGGACUUUCGACCGCUGACGCUGUCAACCACAUCUGGUGGCAUGGACCAUCCUUCCUUCGUUCUCCACAGUCGGAUUGGCCUAAGGCCGAUACGGACUUUGCCCUACCUCAGGAUCUUUGUCCUGAGGCGGAGCACGAGUUUCAGGCCCUUAGCGUCCUUCCGACACAACCAUAUGAAUCACCAUUCCGCUUCCGUGCCACUAGUAGCUACCUUAAUCUCAUUCGUUCAACCGCGUAUGUGCUUAAGUUCAUCAAAGCCCUUUUCCUAAAAACCCGCAUCACCAAUUACACCCUCAAUCUAGCCACUGUUGUACUGUCCAAGGACGUUUCAGCUUCGGAGAUCACCAACGCGGAAACUCUCCUCAUUAUGGAGCAUUACCGCGGAAGCGAAUCCACGUUGAAACGACUACCAUUGGAUAAGUACAACCCCCACCGUGCCGCAGAUGGAUUGAUCCGAUGUCCGAAUCGAUUAGACCAUGCUCGGACUUCGUCUCAGUCAUCACCUAUCCUAUCCUUCUUAUUCCGGAGCACCACUUUGUCCAUCUUCUCGUUAUGUACCACCAUAAGACCAGGUUCCAUUCAGGUGUUCAUACCAGCCGCUCUCCGCACAUCAUAUUUUAUUCCUUCCAUCAAAACCACCAUCACCAGAAUCCUUCGGCUCUGCACAGUAUGUAGAAGAGCCCAAGGACACGCUUACCGCUAUCCUGAGAUGCCUAGUCUCCCUCCGGAACGAGUCAACCGCUCUAGACCGUUCCAGAAGGUUGGACUAGACUACUUAGGACCACUUUAUUAUAGAAAUCAGCUACACUCUCAGGCCAAGAUUUGGAUCUGUCUCUUCACCUGUGUGGCAACCCGCUCUGUACAUCUCGAGCUAGUCCACAACAACACCGCAUUCGAGUUCUUACUCGCCUUUCGCUGUUUCAUUGCUCGCAGAGGUACUCUGGACCUCAUUAUCAGCGACAAUGCCACCACUUUCCGCUCAGCCAAUGACUCCCUACAAAGCACCAUCUAUAACCGCAAAGCCAUAGAAAAGAUAUCCACUCAACUCGCCAACCGUAAGAUCGAAUGGAGGUUCAUCACUCCUCUUUCCCCAUGGAAAGGAGGAUUUUAUGAACGUCUAGUCGGUCUCUUCAAAUCCGCAUUCAAAAAAGCCAUCAAACAUACCCUACUACCACUUUCCCAAUUUCAGACCCUGGUUGCAGAAAUUGAAGCAGUGCUCAACUCCAGACCACUUUUAUCCAUCAGUGACACAUCAUCUUCACCACACGUCCUUCGACCAAUAGAUUUCGUCUCACCGCAAGUGGAACUCCAAUUACCAUCUCCGCACCAGAACCAUCUCUACAUCCCUCCAAACCGUCUUUCCGAAUGGUACAAGGAGACACUCGCCGUAUUGAACAACUUUUGGGACAUUUGGUACAAGGACUACUUAUCCGCAAUAUCCGCACGUCACCAAUACCGUAUCCACCAAGGAAGGUUAAGUCCACUCAUUCCAUCGGUAGGAGACGUUGUUCUCAUUGCCGAUAGGAAUGUUCCACGUGGACAAUGGCCUUUAGCCAUCAUAACCACUAUCCACCGCACCUAA